AUGAAGGAGUUUUGUGGAGCCCAUCAAUCAGGGAUAAGAGAUGAGAUAGCUAAUCAGAAGCUGUUUAUCAUGCUAUGGUUAAACUUUGGCCAUUCAAAGGCUGGGCUCUUGACAAAUCACACUUACAUCUUGGUAGCCACGGAUUAUUUUACUAAAUGGGCAGAAGCAGUGCCAUUAAAAUCUGUGGAUCAACAAGAAGUAAUUAAGGAGAAAAUCAUCCAUAGGUUUGGAUUGCUCGAACACUUGGUUGCGGAUAGGGGUAUAAUAUUUAUGGGAGAACAAGUGGUUAACUUUGCUACACAGCAAAACAUCAUUGUUUUCAAUUCUACUGCUUAUUAUGCACAAGGGAAUGGCCAGGCCGAGACCUCAAAGAAAGAAGCUACCAAUGUAACUUCUUAUAUGUUGGUCUAUGGACACGAUCCAGUCCUACCAAUGGAAGUAGCAGUAAAGUCGGUAAGGAUAGCAUAUCAAUAUGGCCUCACUCCUGCAGAUUAUACUCAAGCCAUGCUGAUAGAGCUUAAGGACUUGGAUGAAGUUAACCACAUGUUGGUUCAAAAAAGAAGAGUUGCAAGGGCUUAUUUCAAGCGUGUAAGAAAGAAGAGUUUUUCUGAGGGUGAUUUGGUUUGGAAAGCUUUCUUUCCUCUAUGA